UCAUAAUAAUGGAUGGAAUUAUUGAUACUCCUGACAUACUAAGCUUAUUCGAAUUCGCUCCAGCGGGUCUAACCGUAAGACGCAACAGAUUACUAAAAACAUCCAAAUCUAAAAAGAACUACGUAAUACAUGGUCCACUGAAUAGACUAGCCACUCUAGUGAAUUCCCUUAGGGUGAAAUUGAGUUCUACGGAGGUUCAUACGGCGCUUUCAUCAACAACACUAGAAAACAUCUACUGAUCAUACCAGAACACUAAUAAAUACAAUUAAUCCUUUUUUAAUUUCUGCCUUCUCCCCAUCUAGCAUUUGCAAGUUUACUUUUGAUUUUCAAUUGUGAUUUUAUCUGUCCCCCUCACCAUCAUGUAAUAAUAUUGUUUGAUUCAAUAUACAACAAUAAUAAUUCACAAUCGUGAAGAUACUCUUAAAAUGAUCUAUAAUCUUGAUAUAAAUCAAUAAAUUAAUCAUUACCACCGUUAUCUAAAAUAAAAUCUAGUAGAUAAUCACACAUGUCGAUAAACCCGUCGUUAACAACCACACGACAUAAAAUAUCCCAUCGUACACCUUAGAGUUAUUAAUAAAAAUUAUUCCGGGUUAAUAAUCCGCGUUUAUGCAACAUUUACUGAUCAACUAUUAUUUAAUAUGAGUGAUUUACACGUGUAAAUACUCGAAUUAUUAACAAGCCAUUAAUGAACAAUUUUAUUAUUAUUUAUUGUUCAUGAUAAUGCGCACUGCAAGAUAGCGAAUUGUAUAAAUACGUGGUGAUUACUAUGAUUAAUCAUUACCAAGAACUUCUUCAGUGUGAACAAUACUUUAAAGAUGCGUGUACUAGCAGUAAUCGCUGCACUUUACUUGGCAGCUUGCGCUGCAGAAGAAGGGAAGAUAGUCUGCUACUGGGGUAGCUGGUCAGUCUACCGCCCGGACGGCGGAAAAUUCGAAAUAGAGAACAUAGACCCUUACCUUUGCACACAUCUGAUCUACACCUUCGUCGGAUUAGAUGGCAGCGAUGUAAAAAUCUUGGACCCGUGGCAAGACACCCCUAAUGACUACGGCAAAGACGGGUUCGGAAGGUUCAACAAGCUCAAGCUCAAGAACCCUGCCUUGAAAACUCUGAUAGCAAUCGGCGGGUGGAAUGAAGGAUCCACCAAGUACUCACAAAUGGCAAGCGAUCCUGGAUCCAGAGAGCGCUUCGCUGAUAACGCAGUCGCGUUUGUCAAGAAGUGGGGCUUCGAUGGGUUCGACCUGGACUGGGAGUACCCGGCCCAGCGAGGUGGCUCGCCGAACGAUGUUAAAAACUUCGUCAAGCUUGUUAGAGUCCUGGGGAAGAAAUUACACAGUCAAGGGUUGUUACUUUCUGCUGCUGUUGCUGCUGCGGAAUCUUCAGCUUCGCAGUCUUAUGAUAUUGCUGAGAUGAGUAAAUACCUGGACUUUAUUAAUUUGAUGGCCUACGAUUUUCAUGGGUCCUGGGAACCCAUAACGGGACUCAAUGCACCUUUACAUGCUGCUUCUAGUGAUUCUUAUGAUGCACGGGGAAUGAAUUCUGAAGCAGCAGUAAAAUAUUGGUUAUCCAAAGGCGCACCAAAAGAGAAACUAAUCCUCGGAGUUCCAACCUACGGUCGCGCAUUUACUCUCUCAAACCCCAGCGACAACAAAAUCGGCGCCGCUUCUUCAGGGCCUGGAACCGCUGGACCCUACACCCGGGAGGCAGGAAUGCUGGGGUACAACGAAAUCUGCGUAAUGCUGAAAGAAAACGGCUGGAACGCCAACUAUGACCCAGAAAGAAAAGCCCCCUGGGCCCACAAAGAGAACCAGUGGGUCGGAUUCGACAACAAAGAGUCGAUAAAAGCCAAGGCUCAGUUUGCUAAAAAAAUGGGCCUAGGUGGCGCUAUGGUCUGGAGUAUCGAGACUGACGACUUCCGCGGCACCUGUGGAGAAAAAUAUCCACUAAUUAAAACUCUUCGUGUUGUUCUGCGUGGUGGUAAGGAAACUACAGAGAAGGGAACUUCUGCAGGAACUACGGUUCCAGACGGUUCCAAAGGAACUACUGUUUCAGGUGGUUUCACAAGAACUACAGUUCCUGGAAUCAAGGUUCCACGAACAACAGUUUCUGGAACCAAUGUUUCAGGAACAAACGUUCCUGGAACCAAAGUUCCAGGAACUGAAAACUCAGAAGAAAACACCUGGACUCCUGAAAAUGGAUCUCCAAUUACUCCUUCACCGAGUCCUAGUGGCCAGUGCAAAGAAGAAGGUUUAAUUAGUGAUCCAAAAUCUUGCGGAUUUAUCAAGUGUGCCUUAAAUGACCAAAUAGAGUUCGACGAGUUUCCAAUGCCGUGUCCACCAACUCUAUGCUUCGAUCCUAAACUAAAAAUUUGCAACUGGAGAAAAAAAAAACAACAAAAAUAUUAAUAUAAACUUGAAAUUAAACGCUAUUUAUUUAAUUGAAUAGUUGACGUAGUAACUCUGUAAACAUUGAAAAUAUAAUUUAUCUUAUCA